CACAUCGACGGCGAUGGCUGCCAGACAGCCAUCGUGCGUGUGGCUUCCUCGCGGUACUACGUGGAGGCGGCAUUUGGGCUGGCGGACUGGUUCAGGAAGGACUUUGACGGGCCGGUGCCUUCGCCGUUCGAAGACUUGCACGGCGCGACCAUCUUCGACGACAGCAUGGCGCUCCUGGACCCGGAGAUGGAUAAACUGGUCCACGAGGCCAAGGCUUCCCAUAACCAUAUGGGGAUCGGUCUUGUGCUACGACAGUGCCGUGACCUAUUUCAGGGACUGGAGUCUCUGACUGACUUGUGCGGUGGUGAUGGGACGACGGCGAGGGCCAUCGUCAAGGCCUAUCCGCACAUCAAGUGCACUGUGCUGGACCUGCCAAAGGUCAUCGACAAAGCUCCGGCUGAAGGAGUGGUUAAGUAUGUUGCUGGUGACAUCUUCCAUGUCGUCCCGCCUGCUCAAGCUGUGUUGAUCAAGUCUGUUCUGCACUUGUGGAGCGACGAGGAUUGCAUCAAGAUCUUGGCACAAUGCAAGAAGGCCAUUCCUCCCCGAGACGUAGGAGGAAAAGUCAUUGUGAUAGAUAUUAUGCUUAGCUCGGCUUCAGGGCUGAUGCUGGAAACCCAUCACCUGGUGGAUAUGUUGAAGCUGGUGAUGACGAGAGGUCGGCAGCGGGAUGAAAAGGACUGGAGCGACAUCUUCAUGAAAGCAGGAUUCAGCGAAUAUAAGAUUUUCAAGAAAGUUGGAGCUCGAGUUGUCAUUGAGGUCUACCCGUAAGGUUGUGCUCCCAAAUGCUAUAAUAUAUGCUGUGAACUGUUGUGUGCUCCAAGGAUAUAUAAAUAAUUGUGUGCCUUACAAUUUUCUGAAGGGAGGUCUCGCGGGUCAUAAAAUAGGAACACUGUUAUGUUUUGUUACAUUAUGGUACUCGUGCGACUUUCUUUUGGAAAAGUAUUAUAUAUGCACUCACAGUGUUUUUCAUACGAUACCAUGUACAAUAGCCUACCAUAAGAUUAUGUUGGAAAUAUUCCCUAGAGGCAAUAAUAUUGUAUUAUUUAUUUUCACAUUUA